AUGGAUGAGACUUCAGCUCUCAUCGAAGCCAUUCUCAGGGAGCAAGAGGAAGAAGAAGAAGCUCACAGAAGAAGAAACCUCACCACUCAAAACACCGCCGCCAAAAACAACACUAAUGAAUGGCAAACGGUGUCGUACCAGAAGCGCAACCGCAACAACAAGACGUCCUCCUCCAAGCAGCCUCUCGCCGACGACAAUUUCUCCGCCGAUCAUUCCUCCGAUGUCUUCAGCUCCGUCCAGCGGCAUUCCGAGGAGCGCCGCCGCCGCCUCCUCAAGUCUCAGAUAUCAGCCGCAGCCGCCGCAGAGGAUGCCGCUCCGAGCAGAUCGAAGCGGCAUUCCGACGACGAAGACGACGGCGAUGUGGAACUGGAAGCCGGCGCCGUCCAGAACGGUUCUUCUGAUGUGAAGAAGCCGAAGCUGAAGAAGCCGAAGAAGCCGAAGGUGACUGUGGCUGAAGCUGCUUCUAGAAUCAGUGCCGAUGAACUCGACUCAUUUCUCGCUGAAAUUACCGCUUCGUAUGAAUCGCAGCAAGAUAUUAUGAUGAUGCGAUUUGCUGAUUACUUCGGUCGUGCGUUCUCGUCAGUGAGUGGAGCUCAAUUCCCGUGGCUGAAGACGUUCAAAGAGUCUACUGUUGUGAAGAUUGUUGAUAUCCCUCUUUUGCAUAUAUCUGAGGAUAUUUACAAAAUAUCAACUAAUUGGAUCAGCCAUCGAUCAUAUGAAGCCCUUGGUUCCUUUGUGAUAUGGUCGUUUGAUAGCAUUCUUGCAGACCUCACAAAUCAUCAGGGAACCGUUAAGGGAUCUAAAAAGGUAGUCCACCAAUCAUCAUCGAAAUCUCAGGUUGCCAUAUUUGUGGUUUUAGCAAUGGUGCUUCGACGAAAACCUGAUGUCAUGAUUAGUCUAUUGCCAAUGAUGAAGGAGAAUAAAAAAUACCAAGGACAGGAUAAACUCCCUUUAAUUGUUUGGGUGAUAACUCAGGCUUGUCAAGGAGAUCUAGUUAUGGGGUUGUACUUGUGGAUAUCUCUUCUCUUACCCAUGCUGAGUGUGAAGUCUGGCUGCAAUCCACAGUCAAGAGACUUGAUAUUACAGUUGGUUGAGAGAGUUUUCACAUUUCCUAAAGCUCGUUCUAUCUUACUAAAUGGGACUGUCAGAAAGGGGGAGCGUGUUGUGCCCCCAUGGGCACUUGAUUCACUAUUGAGAGUUACUUUCCCUCUUCCUUCAGCUAGGGUCAAGGCCACUGAAAGAUUGGAAGCUGUGUAUUCAACAUUAAAAGAAGUUGCCCUUGCUGGUUCCCCUGGAAGUAAAGCAAUGAAACAUCUUGCACAGCACAUACUAAGUUUAGCAAUUAAAGCUGCGGGAGAAGCCAAUCCUGACCUAUCAAGGGAGGCAAGUGACAUUUUUAUUUGGUGUUUGACUCAGAACCCUGAGUGUUACAAGCAAUGGGAUUUGCUUUAUCUGGAUAACCUUGAAGCAAGUAUUGUUGUUUUGAGAAGACUUUCUGGUGAAUGGAAGGAGUACUUUGUCAAACAUACUACUCUUGAUCCUUUGAGAGAAACUCUUAAGAGCUUUUGUCAAAAGAAUGAAAAGGCGUUGGCUAAGGUGGAUGAUGGUUCUCGCCAUGCAUUAUUAAAGGAUGCAGACAAGUACUGUAAGGUCAUUUUGGGACGAUUGUCCCAAGGCCAUGGAUGCAUGAAGAGCAUGGCAGUUUUUUCUGUUGUACUUGCUGUUGGUGCCGUUUACAUGUCCCAGAACAUGCAUCUAUGGGAUUAUAAUAAAUUGACAGGAACGUUGAACCUCUCUUAG